GGGGGAACUACAUUGAAGCCGAAGGUUUUUUAUUUAUUCCCCCCAAGAUUUUCCCAAAACAUUUUAGCGCCGUGACUUCUGGGUUUGAAAGACCCAAUAAAGACACUCAUGACUGCAUUCCCCACUUCAACUCUUCAAGCACCAGCACAGUUUGAGCUUCAAGUGUAAUUGAAUGACCUGAAAACUUCUUAUUAACCUACUGGACCGAGACCAAUGCUCCUUCACAUCGACAACAAUUUCGGACUGUGCAUCGCCUUUCUGGGGCCAACUAUUCUGGACUUGCAGUGCCAAACCAAGUCCACGCUGAGCCAAAUUACAUGGGUGUUCUUCUCCCAGCAGUUCUGCUUGUUGAUUGGCAGUUCGGUCGGUGGUAUUUUCAAAAGGACCUUGUUCACCGCUCUAUCUGCUUUAUUUGUCUCCGCGCUCAUCAUCUCAGUGAUAUUUGCCAUCAUCCCUUUUUGCAACAAUGUCCUGGUACUGGCCAUCGCCAUGGCCGUGUCCGGUUUGGCCAUGGGCGUCAUCGAUACCAUUGCGAACAUUCAACUGGUCACCAUCUAUCAGAAGGACUCUGCUGUUUUCUUGCAGGCGCUCCAUUUCUUUAUUGGCUUCGGCGCCCUGGUGAGCCCUCUGAUUGCAGAUCCUUUCCUCUCAGAGCACGGCUGCGGGAAUCACACUGGGAACGCGACAGAGAUAAUGCAUCAUUUCCGGAACAUGCUGAGAAACAGUCCAAUUGCCGAGCACAACAUCACUCAGAGCCACUUGCCCCACGGGGGAGAAGAGGAGGAGUCCAGUGUGCACUAUGCCUUCUGGAUCAUGGCUCUUAUCAAUCUGCCCGUACCCUUGGCAGUCCUAUUUCUGAUGUAUCGUGAGCAGCUGAUCCCAUGUUGCCCCGGCGGCACACCUCGUCUCCUGGACAAAGAUGAACUGGCACUGGAGAACCAACAGGGAGUUGAGGGCACGGAAGUGGAGCAAGGAGCUCAGGAAGCUGGAGGUCACGGGGAUAUCUUUAGCUGCUGUCAGAAUGAUAACCUGCGCGGGCUGCCAGUAUCCUUCUUCAUGAUUCACAUCCUCGGCGGGAUGGUGCUCUUCAUGACUGAUGGCAUUGUGGGGGCAUACGCCGGCUUUGUGUACACAUAUGCAGUUGCAUCACCGAUGUCCCUACCUCAUAAGACAGCAGGCUACUUAGCCAGCAUUUUCUGGGCAGCCAUCACCGCAGGUCGGCUGCUUUCUAUCCCUCUCUCGUACCGUUUCCAAGUUGUGAGACUGCUCAUGUUCAACCUGGCGGGCGCUAUUAUCACUGUGCUUUUGUUACUGAUCUUCUACACCAGCAGCACAUUUUUGUUUGUUGGGACCUGUUUGUGUGGACUUUUUCUCAGCAGCAUCUUCCCCUGCAUGCUUGCCUACACUGAAGACAUCCUGGAUUAUCAGGGUUGUGCUACCUCAGUAUUGGUAACAAGCGCAGGAAUGGGAGAGAUGGUAAUGCAGGUUCUGGUUGGGUCGAUUAUCCAGACUGAAGGCAGCUAUAGUUUCCUUCUCUGCGGAGUGAUUAUCGCUUGCAUUGGUUUUAUCCUUUUCAUUGGUCUGCUUUUUUUCCACCGGAUGCACAGAAACUACCUCACAGGAACGUCCAAAAAGUCUGCCAUGGUGGAGGAGGAAACGCCACAAACUAAUGGAUCUCCCAAAGCUGAGCCAAAAGAAGAGACGCAGAAGAGCUGAAAGGGGCAGUCUGUGGUUUUUCUUUCUAGUGUUACAUUGUUCUAUACCGCGGUGGCUCAAACUAGAAGAAUAUUCAAAUAACAAUCUAACCCAAGUCUUUAUCAAGGGAAUGUUGUCUAAAGCCUUAAUUUGUACCACAAGUGUGUUAUUGUGAGAAAGAUUUUGAAACACCUGUAAUACUGUGAUGUAGUUUUUUUUAUAUCCAAUAAAAAUAUAUAUACAGUAUAAUUAAACUGUUGGUAUGUAGGUGUACGCACAACGCACAACAAUUGAAUUCCAUGCUGUUUUUGUAGCUUUCCAAAUGACCUACUUUCUUUUAGCACUAACCUUAAAUAAUGAGACUUUAGACUUUGUAAGUAACACAUUCCUGACAGCUUAAGUUCAAUUAGUAUUUCAUCUCCUCAGAAGCACAUUUUGUUCAUGAGUGUUGGACGUAACGUCAUACCAGCCAGUUCAUCUACAGACAUCCUAAAGGGGGCAAUAAAGAUUACAGUCAUCACUUACA